CAUCGCGAACGCGAUUCGCAAUCUACACCGCCUGCAAGCUUUCGAAUGGAACGCGUGCAAACUCUGCAUGCCAGCCGACAUCCUCUCGGCGAUCUUGCUCCUGCCCGACCUGCGCGCCUUGCAGACCUGCUCUAUCCCUUCGACUACAUACGCGCCGCCGCCGUUCCAGCCGCGGCUGAGGUCGCUUAGGAUCCUCAGGCUGAGGUCGUUGGAUGAAGCGCGGACUGUGGCGGGAAUUCUACAUGCGUGCAGGGAUACGCUCGCGUGCAUCAGCAUCCGCGUUGCGGAGAGAGAUGAUUUAGCGGACAAUGUGAUCAACGAUCUCGAGCCUCGACUAUGGAACCCUGCUCCUCAGAACGAAGACGACGGAGACGAAAUAGACCUCACGACGACGAACCUCAAAUCCCAAUUCCUGCAUGUCCUGCUCACGAAUCCUUCCUCGUCUGAACCGCUAAAGCUGAAAAUCGAAUCGCUCGCGCUGUUCAAUUUCCCGCGUCUGAACCUCGACUUUCUCUCCUCGAUCGUCCGGUUCUCGGGCUUACACACGCUCAGACUGGAUACCAUGGACAACCAAGUCCUCUCGACUCUGUCGCGGGAUACCGUCCUUCCACCGGUGAUGAAAGUGCUCGAUCUGACGUUCGGCAAAGCCGCGUUUCCUCUCGCACCGACCGCAGCCACGCCCGAGCCGCCAGCGCAUGAAGGACAGCCGAGCGAGAUCGAGAAUAGGCCGCCGAUGAUGAGCACGCUGCUGCGUGAUCUGCGGGCGGUGGAGAACCUCAACUUGAAGUUAUUCUGCGAGCCGUUGACGGAGGGACGCGUCAUGUCGGAGUACAUCGCGCCGUGGUUGCUAUCACUAAAUAGCAGCAGCAAUAGCAACAAUAUCAAUGCAAGAGAGAAGCAUAGGUAUCAUCAGUAUCACGCGCACCAUCAUCAUCUCCGUCAUCUCCGCCAUUCGCAGCGCCGACAAAGUCAGCACGAUUCAAGGCGCCACACGCAGACCCACCGACGGAACCAAAGCACAUGCACGGCCUGCGCGGCCGCAGCAGCAAUAGCAACACCAUCUACACCGCCCGUGCAUCUGAAAAAGCUCUCGAUCCACAUCUGGUCGAUAGCAGCGGGCCAAUCGAUUGCGCUCGCGCCGUGGUCACUUCAAGACCUGCAGACGCUCGCGACCUCUGCGGCAGGCAGACACAUCCGGUCGCUCGCGAUCGACUUUUCGCGGCACGUAAUCGCGUUCGAGGAUCUCGUUUCGCACAUGCAGAAACUGCCGGCGCUGCAGCACCUCUAUCUGAACUACACGCCGACGACGUACUACGGCAUGGGCGUGUACGACGUUUGUCGGCGGCAGGCGACGAUCUUGAAGGCGGCGUUGCCGGGUCUGGAGUUGUUGUGGAUGAACUCGAUCGAGCUCGUGGUGCCGAUCCGGUGUAAACGCAGUCCGAGUCCGUCGGUGUCUGAGAGUAAUCCGCGUUCGACGUCGACGGCGUCGAAUAGUGGUGUGUCGACGCCGGUGGUGACGGAGCGGUCGGUGGUUAGAUCUGGCGGAGUUGAUGGCGAGGCAAUUGAGCGGUUAGCGACCGAGGGACUUGUCAGCAACGACGACCAUCACUCGAUUGACGACGACGAGGAGUACGCUUAUGACGAAGAGUUUGAGGAUGAUUAUGAGGAGGAGGAGGAAGAGUAUGAAGAGACGGCGGGGUACGAUGAGCACUUUGGCGACGAGUUCUUUGCCGAUGAUAAUAAUUUCCACAUUUUUGCGACGAAGCUGUUUUAAGUGGCUUUGUUUGUAUGUAUAUAUGUGUAUAGUCAUACCAUAAUGUAAUGUUGUAAUAUUGUGAACAGUGUCAAUAGAAGCGGAUAUAGGGUUUAGAUAAGUUAACCACAGGCUUUACCCUCGGUCCUCCCCACGCUCUUCCCG